CCUCUCUCCUCCCCCCUCCCUUUUGCUCCCUUACUAGAGAAGCAGGGAAGAGAGAGCUCCCACACUGGACAGACCAGAGAAAACAGAACGAACCGCAUCACUUUGACUGACUCUAUCUUCUAUCUGUAGCUAAUUUACACCCGAGUUGCACUUUUGCCUUAAUUCCGUCUCUGGACAGCCCUUCUCCAUUCAGCCAACUGGGUGAGACAAAGCCUUGUCGGUGCCCCGAGCGGCAGAACUCUGGUAGGGGGCUGGCUGGCUGUAAAUUGACGUGGCAUGGAAAUUCUCCGCUAAGUUGCAGCAGCUUGCGAGGAGGCUCCUCGAAGCUCCAGCCCAGCCUCCCGAAGCUGGGCUAAACCAUGGGCUCCGUGGCCUUACAGAAGAAUGGAUGAAGUCCCCAGCGUCUCUUCUUGGACCCGCCGCUUUCUUGCUGGCUACCUAUCAUUUCGCUGAAAACCAAAUCGAAGAAGUUAAGUCUAAACUUUGUUUUUCGCAGCUUAAACAACAGGAGUGGCUGCUGUCGCUCCUCUGGCUCUUCCCUGCAAUCUAACUCCUUGCAGACUUUGCCAUGGGGUGCGGACUGAGGAAGCUGGAAGACCCGGACGAAAGCAGCCCUGGAAAAAUAUUUUCUACCCUGAAGAGACCGCAAGUGGAGACAAAGACGGAAUUUGCUUAUGAGUAUGCACUGCUGGAUUUUACUUUACAAGCUUCAACAAACCCAGGAGUCAUCAAGAUAAAUUCAGUUCUGGAUAUAGUUGCCAAAGUGGAAGACUAUUAUCUUAAGGGCUAUGUUGUUGGAGCCAUUCACCCAGUUAUACAACCUGUGGGGCAGCGAAAACACCUGCCGGCAAGCCACCUAUACAGGGUAGUGCUGUCUCGACUGAAGUUAAGCCCCAAGAACUCAGCAGCACCCGCUGGGCAAAGGCAUGCAAGACUUGUGAUGGAGGAGUGCCCACUAACGUAUGAGACACAAGCAAACGGCACCGCAGAGGAACUCCUCGAAAAGAUCAAUGCUGCUGCUAAAAGAGGAAGGAAAUUUGUCGGAUUCGUGUCACAGUGUCACUCGCCGCCUAAACACUGUAAUGGAGCUGGCCACGAUGGCGUUGUAGAGUCGGGGCUGCACAUGAGACACGGUUCCCAAGACAACAGCAAAAGCUGGAACCAAGGAGCCUUCCAAGGACACUCAUCUGAAAGCGGAGUGGAGGAGGAACAUGAAAGUGGACAGCAUCCGACAGAAGGAGACAGUAGUCCCAGCACCCCUAAACCAAAGUGGGGAGACGAUAACAAGCUCUACAUGGUCUUCAAUGCUUUUGAGGAGGACUCAGCCUGCUGGACCUAUCAGGAAGGCGUUCUGUCCAUGAAAGUGACAAGGAAAGGAGCUGUCAUCAGCACACUUGAUGCCAACUGGCUAGAAUUAACUACAUUUUAUUACAAGCAAGGCUUGUCUCUAAUUGACUCUUUUGUAUGCUGGGAGACACCUAAAGGGGACCAUUCACCUAAAUCUCUGGAAGGCUUUUUUAUCUAUGAAGAAGAAGAUUCUGGAGUUCCCGGUUCUAACAGGAGAGGAAACGAUGCCAUUGUGGUAGAACAGUGGACCAUCAUCGAGGGCUGUGAAGUCAAGACUGAUUACGGCCCGCUGCUGCACACCCUGGCCGAGUUUGGAUGGCUUCUGACAAGCGUGUUGCCUACGCCCAUACUGAGACAUGACAGUGAAGGGAAUUUGGCUACAAAGCAGGUCGUGUUUCUCCAGAGGCCAGCAACGUGGAGCUCAGCUGCUCAAACCCCAGAAAGGAAAGCCAGCCGCCUCCUGAAGAGCGAGGACAAGAACAAGGUCGGCAGCCGCAGGAGCAUCGGCCUGGACACGAGUGGGUCCCAACCUGCGGCAGGCAGAGCCCCUCUUGAGGAGGGUCCCCUCACUCCCUCCAGAGAGUGCUGGACCAAGGAGGAGCGGCCUACACAGAGCGACAGCUUCUCGGGGUUCAGCAGCAGCAACAGUGUCCUCCGGGAACUGGAUGACGGACAGUUCGAGCAGGAGGAGGGCGUGACACAGGUCACUUGCAUGUGAGCUGCCAGGUGAUGGCCGGCUGACUUCAUUUCACCACUACUAUCUGCCUUUACGUGGUGUUUUUAAUUUCCAGGCACAGCCUUCCCCUAAUCUAUGUAAACUUUGGCUCAACUUCUGAGACAAGGAAGGAUAACCAACUAUUUAUCAAUUUUAAAGCAUGCUUACAUUUCUCUCAACUGAACCAUCUGCGUAAACAGAUGUCCCAUCUGGUCAUUAAGCAACAGCUGGUCCACUUCCCCCGUAAAUGGACAAAAUCAGUAUUUCUCGUCAGGCCUAUUAAGAAGAGUGGCUACCCAAAUCAUUAUUUCAACCAAUUUGAACCUUCUCAGGAGGCUACCAUCUCACUUAAACUGGAAAAUAUCCUCUCCCCCCUAGUUUCUAUCCCUCUCUCACAUACACACAGACUAGUGAAAAUAUCUACUCCCACC